AUGAGGCUAACUGUUGGAAGGGAUCAAUAUGGUAUAGAAAAAAUAAGAGAUUUUGCAAAUUGGCUAUUGGAUAUAGGAGAAGGCAAACUUGGUGGUCCGAACAACGGUGAAACAAUUAUCGAUAUCCCGGAUGAUAUUCUCAUUAAUGAUUCACAUGAACCUAUAGGUUCCUUAAUUAAGUUUGUAUAUCCUUCAAUUUUAGAGAACUAUACCAAUAUAAAUUAUUUCCAAGAAAGAGCGAUACUUGCUCCAAAAAAUGAAGUUGUUCAGGAAAUAAACGACCGUUUGCUUAAGAAGUUUCCAAGAGAUGAAGUUGAAUUUUUAAGUUCAGGCAGUAUAUGUGAAUCCGAAUUUGUCCAUGAUCAGUUUGAUGCAAAUUUAUACUCUCCUGAUGUAUUAAAUGGUCUUAAAGUAUCCGGUUUACCAAAUCAUAAGUUAGUUUUAAAAAUUGGUGUUCCAGUAAUGUUAUUGAGAAAUGUUGAUCAGAAAAACGACUUAUGUAAUGGCACAAGACUACAAGUGAUAUCAUUGGGCAAACGUGUUAUUGAGGCACGUUUAAUAACUGGAACUAAUAUUGGAAACCGGACUUUUAUUCCAAGAAUGUCUUUAACUCCAUCAAAAAAAAAAUCCUUUCAAAUUCACAAGAAGACAGUUUCCUUUAACUAUAUGUUUUGGGAUGACUAUUAA